CAAUGGCUCAACACGUACACAAAGAAAGGUCUUUCGACGCAUUCUUGUCUUCUACUCCUAUUCUCUCUGAGCUACUAGAGCACAUUGAUGUUGGUACUAAGUGGUACUUCUUGGGUACACUGCUACACGUUGAUGAGAAGAGAUUGAAUGGUAUUGAGCAGUUACAAGGACAUGAUGAUACAAGCAAGACAUUAAAGAUGUUUCAGCACUGGCUCACCACUACUCCUACUGCUAGUAGGGGACAAGUACUGGAAGCAUUGAGAAAGAGAGUAGUUAAUGAGCAUACAGUUGCUGAUAAAUAUGAAAAAUAUUUAAAGGAGCUUCAUGAUACUACUUAUACGCCACCAUCUACUGAGGCAGUUUCUAUUUUUCAAAGGAAUAUUCAAUCAUUAAAUGAAGCUCUUGUCUCUCCUGUACAAGUGUCUCAACUGUUAUACUGUAAGAGAUGUAUAAGUGAAGCUACUCUGGAUGAAAUGGAGAGGAUGGAUCAGAGGAGGUCACUGGAUGACAAGAAGACCGUUCUAUUGACUGCCAUGCAAGAAACAGUAUCUAGUGAUUAUAGGAAACUGAAAGAUAUUGCUAUAGCACUGUCUGAUAUUGAACAAACAAGAUUCAUAGCCAUUGGAAUGUUGAACAAAUAUGAAGAGAAAAUUCCUCAAGAUGAUGAUAGUACAGUAGUAAAAAAACAACAACAGGAGGUAGCUGGCAGCGAUGAAGGUCAUGCUAGUGAUAUAUUGAGGAAUAAUUACAGUGCUCUCUCUUUGUCAAUUACUGAACCAGUUCGAGUGGCAAAGUGUCUUCAUGAAGAGGUUAUAUCUGAUGAGGCUCUGUCUUGUGUCAUGUCUACCAGAGGUUCUGUCUCUGACAGUAGAGCAGUUCUCCUUAAAGCUGUACGAGAUGCUGUUCGCUCCAAUUACAAACAUCUGGAGUUGUUUGUUACUGUAUUGAGAAAGUUUUCCGAGACUGCUCAUAUUGGGGAUACUGUCUUUGAAGAAUAUAGAAAGCGUUUCAACUAUGGUAAUAUUGAAGAGGAUGAAAUUUAUGUUGCAAAUCAAAAAUCUAUGUCUACUAGUUCAGAAAGUUCAUCACUUGAUGAUGAUACACAUGGUGAUCAUAAAAUCCUUUUUCCUCGAGACAUGAAGAAUAAGUUCGAAGAUAUGAGAAUGAAGUUUGGCUCUACAUUUUUUAAAGUCCGACGUAUUUUUACAAAAAUGAAAAGUAUCUUAAAUAUUGAUGAAGUGAAGGAACUAAUUAUUAUCUGGUUUCCUGAUUUAAAGCCUCAACUUUCUUAUACGGGGACAAUUGAAGAAGUGCUAAAUGUACUGAAGAGAAAGUGUAGUAUCUUUAAUGUACGUCCCCUUGAGAAUUUAGCUUUUGAAUUUAACAUAGAAGAUGCUAAACCAGUCCUUAAGUCAUUCAAAGAGGAAGCUAAGGAUUUCUGCAAAUCAGUAUCAGUGAGUCUUUCGCUUGGUGAGGAGCUACAAGCAGUUGCUACUCCAUCUCGUCUUUUAUCUGAAACUGUUGUAUUUGUGUUCAACUGGAAUCCUGAUGACUAUACACUUCAGGAUAUCAAUGCUAUGUUUUUUGAGUUAGAGCCUCUGAAUAGAUAUCAUAUACAGAUGGAUAAAAUUGGGACUGGUCAAUCAGUUGUAGUAACCUGCUACUGUCCUGCUGAGUACACUGGCUCACUGAUAAUGGCUGUCCUUGACAAGAUACAGAUACUGCAAAAGAAAGGAUUAAAGGAAUUUGUAGUCAGCAAAUGUAGUAUAUGGAAUGCUACUGAGGUAGUGAGUGUGAAUAGAGAUGUGAAGGACUUGUUGAUACAGAUUCAUAAUUUGAAAACUGCUCUAAAAGACAGAGAUGAAAAGAUAACGGCUAGUGAAACAGAGUUAUCAAAAUUGAAGGAGCAAUUGAAAGCUUUAAAAAUAAGUCUUGAAGAGAGCCAAUGCAUAAAUGUUCAAAAGGAAGAAGCAAUUAAUGAAUUAAAGGAGAAAAUAUCAUCACUAAAAGAAGAAUAUUUUCAAAAGGAAAAUAAAUUAAAUCAAUUUUUAGAAGAUACUGAGAGAGAGUUGGCAUCACUCAAGGAAUGGUCAGAGAUUAGGUCACAAGAAAUAGAGCAAUUAAAGCUGGAACUUGAAGAGAACAAUGACAUUGUGUAUGCAUCUGCUUCUGAUGUAUCAACUGAUGAAUCAUUUGAUAGUGAUGCAUCCA